CCCUCCCUCCCUCCCUCCCGGCGGCCCGGGGGUCCCGGACGUGGCCAUGUCGGACGGCGGGGCGGGUCGGCUGCGGCGGCAGCUGGAGUCGAGCGGCUUCGAGGCGCGGCUGUACGUGAAGCAGCUGUCGCAGCAGUCGGACGGCGACCGGGACCUGCAGGAGCACCGGCAGCGGAUCCAGGCCCUGGCGGAGGAGACGGCGCAGAGCCUCAAGCGCAACGUCUAUCAGAACUACCGCCAGUUCAUCGAGACGGCGCGCGAGAUCUCCUACCUGGAGAGCGAGAUGUACCAGCUCAGCCACCUGCUCACCGAGCAGAAGAGCAGCCUGGAGAGCAUCCCGCUCGCCCUGCUCCCCGCCUCCUCCUCCUCCUCCUCCGCCGCCUCCGGGCAGCCCUCCGAGGAGCCCGGGUCGGACGCCCCGGCCCCCCCGGCCGAGGACGGGCGGCAGCGCACGCUGACCACCCUGCUGGAGAAGGUGGAGGGCUGCCGGCCCUUGCUGGACACCCCCGGCCAGCGCCUGGUCUACAACGGCGACCUGGUGGAGUACGAGGCCGACCACAUGGCCCAGCUGCAGCGGGUGCACGGCUUCCUCCUCUCCGACUGCCUGCUGGUGGCCACCUGGCUGCCCCAGCGGAGGGGCGUCUACCGCUUCAACGCCCUCUACCCCCUGGACGGGCUGGCCGUGGUCAACGUCAAGGACAACCCGCCCAUGAAGGACAUGUUCAAGCUGCUCAUGUUCCCCGAGGGCCGCAUCUUCCAGGCGGAGAACGCCAAGGUCAAGCGGGAGUGGCUGGAGGUGCUGGAGGAGGCCAAGCGGGCGCUGGCCGGAGAGCGGCGCCUGAGGCAGCAGGAGGCCGCCGCCCCCCGCCCGCCCCCGCCGCCCGCCGACCCCUUCGACGACGACGACGACGACGACCGGCGGCGGCCGGAGCGGCGGCGGCGAGAGGCGGAGGCCGGGCCGGCCGCGCCCGACUGGGUCCGGGAGCUGCCCGAGGACCUGGACGUGUGCAUCGCCCAGCGGGACUUCGAGGGCGCCGUGGACCUGCUGGACAGGCUGGACCGCCACCUGCGCGCCGGCCCCCCGGCCCUCCCCGAGCUGCGGGCCCGGGUGGACGAGCGGGUGCGGCAGCUGACGGACGUGCUGGUGUUCGAGCUGUCCCCCGGCCGGUCCCUCCGCGGCGGGCCCCGGGCCACCCGCCGGGCCGUCUCGCAGCUGAUCCGCCUGGGCCAGGGCACCAAGGCCUGCGGGCUGUUCCUGCGCAACCGGGCGGCGGCGGUGCGCGGCGCCAUCCGCCAGCUGCGCAUCGAGGGCUCCACCCUGCUCUACAUCCACAAGCUCUGCCGCGUCUUCUUCACCGGCCUCCUGGAGACGGCCCGCGAGUUCGAGACGGACUUCGCCGGGGCCCACGGCGGCGGCUGCUACUCGGCCCUGGUGGUCUGGGCCCGGGCGGCCGUGGGCCUCUUCGUCGACGCCUUCAGCGGGCGGGUCUUCGACGGCAAGGAGAGCCUGUCCACGGCCGCCGAGUGCGUCAAGGUGGCCCGGGAGCACUGCCGCCGGCUGGGCGCCCUGGGCCUGGACCUCACCUUCGUCCUCCACGCCCUGCUGCUCAAGGACAUCCGGGGGGCCCUGCGCGGCUACAAGGAGAUCGUCGUCGAGGCCGCCAAGCACCGCAACUCCGAGGAGAUGUGGCGCCGAAUGAACCUGCUGACGCCCGAGGCCCUGGCCAAGCUCAGGGAGGAGAUGCGGCAGUGCGGCGUGGGCCCCGGCUUCGAGCAGUACGCCGGCCAGGACGCCUGCUGGGUGGGCCUCAGCUACACCGUCGUCGCCUUCACCAAGCAGACCGUGGGCUUCCUGGACGAGGCCCUGAAGCUCUACUGCCCCGAGCUGCACACGGUGCUGCUGGAGAGCCUGGUGGAGGUCAUCCUGGUGGCCUUGCAGCACGUGGACUACAGCCUGCGCUGCGAGCAGGACCCCGACAAGAAGGCCUUCAUCCUCCAGAACGCCACCUUCCUCUACCAGGCGGUCCUCCCCGCCGUGGAGCGCCGCUUCGAGGACGGCGUGGGCAGGCCGGCCCGCCAGCUCCAGGAUCUGCGCAGCGGGGCCUGGCUGGUCCGCGUCAACCCCGAGAGCACCACCUCGGUGGUCUGAGCCCCGCCGGGGCGGGCCCCGGGGCCCCCGCUCGGCGUGGUGCCGGGGGACCGGAGCCCCGGGGGGCCCGG